AUGAAGCUGGCCAACCGCAACAUCCCGUGUAAGCGGCUGUCAACCAAGGGCAAGUACACUAUCCACCACUGGGUGCACGGAAACCUGCCCCUGUGCAGCACUUGCUAUGUGUGUGGGGAGAUCUGUGGCAUCCAGCCCCAACUUUGUGAUUUCAUUUGCCGCUGGUGUCAACGCUGUGUACACAAUGGCUGCUUCCAGGUGAAAGAUAACGAAUGUGACUUUGGUCCUUACAAAUCGGUCAUUGUUCCCCCAAAUUGUGUCAGACUCAAGUGGGUGGGCUUCAAAGGCCGCCGUCACCUCAUUGUUGAUUCAGUAAAGUGUCCAAACAUUGAGAAUUGGAGUCCAAUUAUCGUCAUUGCGAACAGGAAGAGUGGAAACAAUGAUGGGGAGAGUAUUCUUCAAGCAUUCCGCUCCUAUUUAAACCCUGCCCAGGUCAUUGACAUUUGUGACAUUCCUCCAGAGUCUGGUCUUGAAUGGUGUCAUCUAUUACCCAAUGUUGACAUCAGGGUACUUGUUUGUGGGGGAGAUGGUACUAUUGGUUGGGUACUAAAUGCAAUUGAGAGGUUAAAACUAGAUCCACGUCCCCAAGUUUGUAUCCUGCCCUUGGGUACAGGAAAUGAUUUAUCUCAGGUGUUGGGAUGGGGAGAAACAUUUUCAGGAGAAGUUGAAGUUUCGGAAAUUUUGGAUAAAAUCAACAGAGCUCGUGUUGUUGAGCUUGACAGGUAG